AUGGAUGUCCAGUCCUCGAGCUCUCCUCGGAGGUUCGAACGCCGCCAUGGGACCUCCACCAGCCAGAUCCGGCGCCUACCUCCCGGAUCCGCGCUCCCUCCACCUCCUCUACCCGAUUCGGCGCCGCCAAACCCGCCAAGACCUCCACCAUGGAGUUCCUAUAGCUCGUCCCCUGCCUCCUCGUCCUGUGCUCGAGGGAGACGCCCCUCCAGCGCAUCCAGGACAAGGCCCACCGCCAGCCGGUCGUUGUUGCACUCACCGGCGACCUCACCCUCCCCUCUGCACUGCCCUCCACCUCAACUAAUGCUUCUCAUCAACAGGGAUAGAUUUAGCUGGUCAUAG